AUGAACGUAGAAAAAACAGUGGAGCACCUCGACGAAGCGGAACUCUGCCUCUCUAAGCUCAUCGACUUAGGAAAAAUGCUGGAAAGCACCGAGACUAUCCCACUAAAGGACUCAAACGUCUAUCUACCUGUGACGAAUCUUCCACCUAUCCCUAUUCCAAGGUUCAACGGAGACAUAAGAGAGUGGGGAGCAUUUUGGGGAGCAUUCAAUUAUAAUGUGCACUCGCGCAGGAUGGACGACCUCCAAAAAAUGACCUAUCUGCUGGACGCCCAUCAGGGAGAAACAAGAGAAUGCGUCAAGCAGUAUCAAAUUUCGCGAAGCACUCAUCCGACAGUAAUACAGCAUCUGAAAGAAAAGUACGACAAUAAACAAGCACUCGUCCGUCAUUUGCUACGCAGACUACGUACAACAGAAGCAAAGACGAAACGCCUCGAAGAUCAGGAAAAGCUAUGUGAAACCCUUUACUCGAUAGUUGUUCACCUGCAACAAAAAGGGAAAUUAAUCGAUACUAGUACUAAUAGAGGUGACCUUUGA